GUCGACUGUCGACCCGCGACCGGGUAACCGGAUGCAUUUCGUUAAAACCUAACGUGAUUAUUAUUAUUAAUUUUUUCUACUGUCAUACCUAUUAAUAUUUUCAAUUUUGUUGACUCAUCGUCCGACGGCGUUGAAGUAGCGUUCGAUCUGUUCGUCGACGUCCGUCAAUCAAGUGGUGGUUCGCUUUGUAGUUACGUACCCCAACGACGAAGAGAAUGAAGAAAAUUGCAAUUUUCGGGGCCACCGGCAUGACGGGACUGUGCACCGUUGAAGCCGCUUUGAAACAAGGUCUAGAAGUCAGGGCUCUCCUGAGAGAUCCCAGUCGUAUGCCCGAAGAACUUCGCAAACAAGUAGAGGUGAUUACUGGCGAUGUUUUGGUCAAAGAAGACGUGGACAAGGUCGUCGAGGGCAGAGACGCGAUUGUCGUGACUUUGGGAACCAGAAAUGACUUGGCUCCUACCACAAUAAUGUCCGAAGGGUUGAGAAACAUUUUAUCAUCGAUGGAAAAGAACAAUGUGAAAAUCGUAUCUGUGUGCUUAUCCACCUUUUUAUUCUACGAUAAGCCCAAAGUGCCAGCAAUGUUCCACGGGAUCAAUGACGAUCACGAGCGAAUGUUGCAUUUGCUACAGGCAGCCGAAUCUCUGGAUUGGAUUGCUGUGAUGCCACCACAUAUUGCCGGCACUCCGUCAGGCGAUUACAGCGUGGAAAUAGGCUCAUCGCCCGGUCGUGCCAUAUCUAAAUAUGAUCUCGGAAAGUUUAUGAUUGAAUGUUUAUCUAAACCUGAUUACUAUAAGCAGAGAUGCGGUUUGGCAACCAAAGUGCCAGCUCCAUGAACUAAUAUUUUUACAAAAAAUAAAAAUGGAAUCAAAAUCUUAGGGCAAAAUGGUAAUCAUAAUAUUAUAAUUACUCAAAAAUAUGUAACGGAAUAGAUAAGGAAAUAUUUAAUAUAUAUAUUAAAAAUUUGUUGAUGGAAUUUGAUAUUAAUUAUACUAUUAUAUAAUUAAAUUUGUUUAUUGGUUAGUAA